UUCAUUGCGUCAUUCAGUGUCCUGACGCCCCAUCCGAGAAUAGUAUAUAAACCGAAUCCACCAACAGUCAGACAUCAUUCACUCGACACACUCAGAUCAACAGAUCAACAGAUCAACAACCACUAUCAUGGCAUUCAAGUUCGUAACCCUGUUCGCUCUGUUGGCGGCUGCCAACGCUGGAUUCAUCCCAGCUCACCAACCACUGGCCUACGCGGCGGCUCCAGUUCUGGCCAAAACCAUCAACGCUGAAGACGACCCUCAUCCUCAAUACAACUUCAACUACGACGUCCAGGAUGCGACGACCGGCGACUUCAAGAGCCAAUACGAGUCCCGCGACGGAGAUUCAGUCCAAGGCAGCUACAGCCUCCUCGAAUCUGACGGAACACGCAGAACUGUCGACUACACCGCAGACGGUAUCAACGGAUUCAACGCCGUCGUCCGCAAAGAACCCGCUCAAGUUGCCGUGAAAUCCGUAGCACCAGCUGCCGUUGCAGUCAAAUCCGCUCCAGUCGCAUACGCUGCACCCGCUGCAUACGCCACCCACUACGCUGCGCCCGCAGCCUACACCACCCACUACGCCCAACCAGCUGCCUACGCUACUCACUACGCCCAACCAGCUGCCUACGCUACCCACUACGCUACACCAGCAGUUGCUAAGCUCGCUGCACCAGUCGCCUACGCCGCUCCUGCUGCCAUCGCCACCCACCCCGUCGCCAAAAUCGCCACCCCAGUCGCUGCAUACGCUGCACCUACAGCCUACUCUACUCACUACGCUCAACCCCUAGCCUACACCACCCACUACGCCAACCCAGCCAUCGCUAAAGUAGCUGCCCCAGUUUCUUACGCCGCCCCCGCUGCAUACGCUGCUCACUACGCUGCACCAGCUGCAUACGCUACCCACUACGCCGCACCUGCAGCCUACGCCAAAGUUGCAGCUCCUCUGGCCUACCACGCACCAGCUGCUUACACCACGUACUCCGCCCCUGCUGCUCUUUACCACCACUAAUUAAAAUAAUUAAAAAUUAAUGUCAUUACUUUUGUACAAUAACGACUUGAUAUUAAAUUCAAAUAAAUAUUUAUACCUAAA